CGAUCUAUAUAACAGGUAUAACGCUGACCCUUAAACUUCAAUUCGCAGUUUGCUAACAACCAACCAGCAUCAUUCAUCGAAUUCAAAACUGAUCGCUAUGUUUUGCGUCUCGAAAUCGCAGCGCGGGAAACAGGAGAAAACAGAGGAGGCGCCGCAGCCUUCGCCAAUCGCGCAGAGCGUUUCCAAGUCGUCGUCGUCGUUGCGGCAGGUUUUCUGCCACUUUGACGAGAACGACGACGGGAAGAUCUCGGCGACGGAGCUGCAGAGCUGCAUGCGGUCGAUAGGGGAGGAGCUGUCGCACGAGGACGCGGUGGCGGUGGUGGAGUCGAGCGAUAGCGACGGCGACGGCUUGCUGGGGUUCGACGACUUCGUGAGGCUGGUGGAAGGGGAUGAUGGCGAGGAGAAGGAGAAGGAGAAGACUUUGAGGGAGGCGUUCGAGGUGUACCAGGAGACCGGCGACGCCUGCAUCACGCCGAGGAGUCUGCGCCGUGCGCUGGGGAAGCUCGGGGCGACGAAGAACGUGGAGGAGUGCAGGAUCAUGAUCCGGCAGUUCGAUAUAAACGGCGAUGGAGUCAUCACUUUCGAUGAAUUCCGCAUAAUGAUACAGUAAACAACUUCUUGUUCAUUAUUAUUAUUAUUAUAAACAAAAAGGGGAUAUAAACAUUCUUAAACAAUGUAAGAUUAAUCUACUCAGGAACGAAUAAUACAUCUGAGGAAUUUGAGCUUGAUAA